ACCCUAGCUUCUGCACCACGGCUGCAAGGACUGCUGCCAUCCAUCGAGCUCAAGCACCACCUUCAUUGUCUGGUCAUCUGCCUGUCUUCAUUCAACAAUCGCACCUCCUUCCUGGAGCUCAGCAUCAGUCCCUGGACUUCGUCUGCUCCUUCGCACUCCUGCCGCCGUCCGGCGCGCUCAGGCACCACCGUCUUUGUCUGAUCGUGGUGCUUGAAGUUUCCAACCCACCAAUCGCGGCUUCUUCCUCGAGCUCGGCGUGCUGGAGUCUGCUCUUCGUUUGUCAGCCGCAGCUUCUUCCAACCCACCACCGUCGUGCUCGUCGCCUGGCCUCCGUCUUCGGUGCGCUUCUGCCCCUAUGCUCAGACUGCUCAGAAGUCAGAAGUCAGAACGAAGACCACAAUUGAACUGAUUGGACCAGUAAAUCAGUGAACCAGUGACUAGAGAGGUUCGGUGGCUGGUCUGGUUUUCAGAACCUUGCUUCUUAACCACCUGACCCUCAUUUCUGCAACCGCAUUGUUCUCACCAUGGCCCAACCAGACUCCCACACCACCAACGGCUCCAUCGUCGCCGAGAUCCAAGGGCUCUCCCCCGAGAUCCUCAAGAUCCACCAAGACGCUGACAUUUCCACCAACCUUGCUUCUCUCCUCCGUGUAAAGAAGCUCUCCAACAACGCCGUUCUUCCCUCUAGGGCUUCUCCUCUCUCAGCCGGUUACGAUCUCUUUAGUGCUGUGGAGACGAAGAUUUUGGCGAGAGGCAAGGCUCUGGUGGCUACUGAUCUCAGCAUUUCGAUUCCAGAAGGCACCUAUGCGCGCAUUGCUCCGCGAUCAGGUCUUGCGUUGAAGCAUUCGAUUGACGUUGGUGCAGGGGUGAUCGACGCCGAUUACAGAGGACCGGUUGGGGUGAUACUGUUCAACCAUUCGGAUGUUGAUUUUGAGGUGAAGGUUGGUGACAGAGUUGCACAGCUGAUUUUGGAGAAGAUUGUGACUCCUGAUGUUGUUGAAGUUGAGGAUUUGGAUUCAACUAUUAGGGGUGAAGGUGGGUUUGGAUCAACCGGUGUUUAAAUUUAGGGAUUAGGGCUUGGGGUUCUAAGUUGAGAUUUCUCUGUUUUCCUGGGCUUAUAUUUUAUUUUUCGAACGUGAUUUAAUUGAUAUUUAUCUCAAAAUUUGUUGCAGGGGUUUAUCAAUCAAGUUAUUAAGUUAUUGGAACUUUGAAUAUUCUAAUCAAUUCAAAACUUGGUUCAGUUUGGUUCAUCUAGGCCUUUAGAACUAAUUAUACUAUA